UCAAUGUUCAACAACAAUUUCUUUUUAUAAUAACAGCUACUCCUUCAACAAAUGAUCAUAUAUAACCAAAUGCUCUAUCAAAGGUAAUUCUUUUUCUUAUCCUUCAUUAUUAGAACAAAUUCAUUACCAAAACUAUAACAAAUAAUAAAGAAGAAUGUAGAUGAAAAUGAUCUCUCAUCUCAAUAAAUCCUUAAAUAGGAUGAGACAAACCCAGUUAACCAAAUAUCUAAAUAAACCAGAAAAUUCUAAAAGACUAUGAAAAUAAAGGCCCCUCAAUGUGUUGAAAAAGUUAGCAAAUAAAUUAAGGAAACUUCUCAGAAGAAAAAAAUAUUCUUGUCAAUGUUGGAUAUAAAAGAAGCUUAAUAUAAAAAGUAAUUUAGCUAAUUAAAUCUAUAGAUUUAAAAUCAUAGAGGAAGAUAAUCAAAAGAAACCAAUGGGAGUAGUCCAAGAAUAAUUAUGAA